CCUAAUCCCCUCCCUUCCGCCUUCUUUUCCCAUCGAAAUGCGUAAACCCCUUCCCGCCGGCGUCCACCGCGUCUUUCCAUAGCCGCUCGUCGCCGCCGUCGACGCUCAGUCUUCCGCAGCUUCCUCCAUCUCUUGUUCGAAUGAUAACUGAAGAUUGAGAGAUGCUUUAGUUUCUUGGAGCACAAUAUACUGAUCAUUUUUAGCGUGGUAGUUCAGUCUGAGGUUAUUUGCCUUUUUUGAGAAGUAUUGUUACUAGGGAGAUCUUCUCUACAUUUGGGGUCAUCCACAAAAGUUUUGUUUGCCAUUGUGGAUGAGUUAUGACGAGAAAGAUAAAGAUUUACCCAUGAUUUAUUGUAUAACUGGCCGCCUUUAAUGAAGGAGAUGAUAUGAAAUCCUUAUUUGUGUGUGAGGUAUGGUUCUCCCAAUUCCACCGGAGAGAUAUGAUCAAGUAGUGUAAUUAACCAUGCUUUUGCUACAACGCAUUGUCAGAGUAGAAUCUAAAACCAAAAGUGGGAUUUUUGUUUCCUCAUUUCGGGACAUCUUCAAUGAAGCUCUUGUAUCUGAUUUAUCUUCCUUUUCAUCUGUUGCUGGAAUCAGUGGUAAUGGAAACAGGGAUAUUCCCAUCUUUUUCCCUUGGAUGUCUGAGAAGAUUGCUACAACGUUGACAGCAGCAGCAGGUGGAGAUGGCAUGAUCUCCAAGGAAGUGGCGUUGUCUUUUAAGGAGUGGUUCAAAUCUGGAAGCAACUCUUUGUUUGAUCAAAUCUUUCAAAUCCUCCAAGGGGCUAGAGAUGACCAAGAAACGACAUAUCGUCCUUCCACUGCUGAUCUGGCUCUUUCUAGUCUUGGCCUUCGCCUCAAUGAGUUAUUUGUCUUAGAUGUCCUCCGUUUUGGCUCCAACGAUGUUCUGUCCUGCCUCAAGUUCUUUGACUGGGCUGGUCGCCAACCAGGCUUCUUCCACACACGUGCCACAUUCAAUGCCAUAUUUAAGAUUCUCUCGAAGGCCAAGCUCAUGUCCCUCAUGUUUGACUUUCUUGACAACUAUGUGCAGCAGAAAUUUGUCCACAAGGUUCGUUUUUACAACACGUUGGUGAUGGGUUACGCUGUUGCUGGGAAGCCCAUUUUUGCUCUUCAGCUGUUUGGCCAAAUGCGCUUUCAAGGCCAUGAUCUUGAUUCUUUUGCCUACCAUGUUCUACUAAAUUCUCUUGUUGAGGAGAAUUGCUUUGACGCAGUGCAUGUUAUUGUCAAGCAGAUCUCUCUGAUGGGAUUUGAGAAUGAGGUCACGCAUCACAUAAUGCUAAAAAAUUUCUGUAAGCAGAGUCAGUUAGCUGAGGCAGAAACCUUCUUGCAUGGCUUGGUAAGUAGUGGGCAAGCAGUGAGUGGGCGUAUGUUGGGCAUUCUUGUUGGUGCACUUUGCAAAAGUGGAAACUUUGAGCGGGCGUGGAAGUUGGUUGAAGAGUUUAGAAAUGAGUUAGUUUCAGUGGAGCAUGUGUAUGGUGUGUGGAUAACACAACUUGUUCGGGCUGGAAAGCUGGAGAGUGCUCUACAGUUCUUAUAUAGCAGAAAGUCAGACGAAAGUUACAUUCCGGAUGUCUUCCGUUAUAAUAUGUUGAUUCAUAGACUUCUAAGAGAAAACCGGCUUCAAGAAGUGUUUGACUUACUUAUGGAGAUGAAGAAGGAACAUAUUUCUCCUGAUAAAGUAACCAUGAAUGCUGCCAUGUGCUUCCUCUGCAAAGCUGGGAUGGUGGAUGUUGCACUUGAUUUAUACAACUCUAGAUCAGGAUUUGGGCUCUCCCCCAAUAGUAUGGCAUAUAACUAUUUGAUCAAUACUUUAUGUGGGGAUGGAAGCACUGAUGAAGCAUAUCACAUCUUGAAAAAUUCUAUUGAUCAAGGCUACUUUCCAGGAAAAAAGACAUUUUCUAUACUUGCAGAUGCAUUGUGUCGAGAGCGAAAGCUUGAUAAGAUGAAGGAGUUAGUUAUUUUUGCCUUAGAGAGGAACUUUAUGCCCAGUGAUUCCACGUAUGAUAAGUUUAUAUCUGCUCUAUGUAGGGCUAAGAGAGUUGAAGAUGGGUAUUUGAUUCAUGGCGAACUCAAUAGAAUAAACAAAGUAGCCGUACAGAGUACCUAUUUUGCUUUGAUAGAUGGUUUUAACAAGUCAAACAGGGGUGAUAUUGCUGCAAGACUACUCAUUGAGAUGCAAGAAAAGGGUCACGUACCAACUAGGAAACUAUUUAGAGCAGUUAUUCGCUGUCUUAACGAAAUGGAAAAUAUGGAAAAGCAAUUCUUCAACUUGCUCGAACUACAGUUAUCUCGUCAAGAACCAAGUUGUGAGGUAUACAAUAACUUCAUUUAUGGAGCUGCACAUGCCAAAAAGCCUGAGCUUGCUAGAGAAGUAUAUCAGAUGAUGUUGAGAAGUGGAAUUCAACCCAAUUUAAGUUCUGAUAUUCUUAUAUUGAAGUGUUACUUAUGUAGUGAACGCAUUUCUGAUGCUUUGAAUUUUUUGGAGGAUUUGUCUCAGUCAAGAAUUAUUGGUAGGAAAAUCUUCAACACCAUGGUUGUUGGUCUAUGCAAAGCCAACAAGGCUGAUAUUGCACUAGAUUUUUUGAGGGACAUGAGGGAUAAGAGUUUAACACCUAGCAUUGAAUGCUACGAGGUGCUGGCCAAGCAAUUCUGUCAAAUUGAAAGAUAUGAUUUGGUGGCAAAUCUUGUAAAUGAUCUAGAGAAUGUCGGGCGCCAUUUAACUUCCUUUCUUGGUAAUAUACUUUUAUACAAUUCAUUGAAGACUCGAAAGCUCUAUGAAGCUUGGGUUCAUUCAAGAGAGGGGCUAAUGGAGACUUCUCAAAGUUCUAUGCUCGGCCUUUUAAUUGGGGCAUUUUCUGGCCAUAUUAGAGUCAGCCAGUCUAUCAAGAACUUGGAAGAAGCGAUUGCCAAAUGCUUCCCACUUGACAUCUAUACAUACAACCUAUUAUUGAGGAGACUAAGCAUAAAUGACAUGCAACUAGCAUUUGAGUUGUUCAAUCGAUUGUGUCAGAAAGGGUACGAGCCUAACAAAUGGACUUAUGAUAUAUUGGUUCAUGGUCUUUUUAAGCACGGGAGGACAUCAGAGGCUAAAAGAUUGUUGGAAGUAAUGUACCGAAAAGGGUUCGAUCCUACGGAGUGUACUAAAGCAUUUAUUUAAUCCAACAGAGUUCACUAGAUGUCAAGUCUACAGAAAGUUUGGAUUCCCAUCAUGACCCUUCCUCAAAAUAUUAUUCUAUUUCAUCCAAUGAAGAUGGGAAAGCUCUGUAAAGCUUUAGUUUGAUUGAAAGGGGAAAAGAUGUUACUUUAUUUUUAAGUAGCUUGCUGAAUGAUGUUCACAGGAUACAUUGCAGGCUCUCCUGCAUAUCUUCAUAAUUCUCCACCUGAGCAGAGGCCACUUGUUGUACGUCUAUUACAAUUUAAUCUAGUGGUAAGUUUCUUUUGAUAUGGAUGUAGCCAAAAGUUAUUGACUACUCUUAUUUCGUAAUUCCUCCAUUACAACUAUUUAUCAUUUCAACAAAUUGGGAAGACUAAUAAUAAUCUCCCAUGGCAUAUAAGCUUAAGAUUGUACGAUAUUUCAUUAUUUCUAAUAACAACAUUAUUACCAAAUACCCAUAGUGAGGAAAUAAGGGAAGACUACAAGUAAAAGGAAUAGCAAUAAAAUGAAGGAAAAUAAGCAAGCUUUAAAAAGAAAAAAGAUUAGGAACCAACUUUUGAAAGCAGGUAAACAUAUGAGAGCAUUGUUCUUUCUACUAGAAUAUAGAAUACCUUCCCUUGUCCCAAUACUAAUAGAUAGAAUUGCUUUGAGAAAAAGGGAUCCUGCUCUAGCAAUCACUUAUCUCAUUCCAUCUUCCAUUAGGAGUGGGAUACUAUCCUUUCUUAGAUGAGGUCCUUGGGGCUUCACUCUUCCGGAAUUGCUGGCAAACUAUUUGCCAAGACAAUGUUACAACUAAAUAUACAAAGUUUUGUCAAAUUAGCGGUACUAGAACAAGAAUUUAAAUGAGACCAAUACUUUUAAAUGAAUAAGAAACCAAUGUAAAUGUGAUGGUUUAAAUUUAAAACUUAAAAGAUAAAAUAAGGUGACUAUUCCAUUUUUUAGCCUGAGCAGGAAUAUAUUGAAACUUAAAAGCUGGGAAGAGAGAAAACAUCCAAUGCCACAAGAAAAGUACAUAUAUAAUGUUACGAAACCAUCAUGGGAUGGGCUAGUGGUCAAUGAGCCAAUGUAAAUAGCAAAGGGCUUAGAGGGAAUGAGUUCAAUCCAUGGUGGCUACCUACCUAGGAUUUAAUAUCCUACGAGUUACCUUGUCAACCAAAUGUAGUAGGGUUAGGUGGUUGGUUCGUGAAUAGUCGAGUUGCGCGCAAGCUGGUCCGAACACACGGAUAUUAAAAAAAAAAAAUGUUACGAAGAUAGGGCCCCAUUUGACAAACUUUAAUUUGUCUCAAUAGUAGCCAUGAGUAAAAAUUAAUUGCUCGAUACACUGAGUAAAAAUAUAUAUACAUUCUAAACAAUGAUCAGAAUGUUAUGGUCCAUCGAUAAAUUUUCACAUUGCAUUAGCUGACUAAAUAUUGAGACCUCAAUAUCAUGAAAAGUUGUGAGUUGGCUGUAUCACAUACGUGUGUAUGAGAGACAAGAGCAGAUUCAGACAUUACAAUAAUUAUUUCCACAGUAGUAUCUAUUACUCUGAGGCAAUUUUCUUUCAUACAAACACACACUGAGCAGUUAUCCCAACAACCACAUUGCUAGAUUGCAGAGGUACCAACAAAAUUAUAGUUCCCAAGUUUAAUCAGUAUUUUCAUAACGAAAGAGAGCAUAUCACAUCUCUUUGUCAAUAUUUUACAAGGCUUAAGAUGGUCUCCAGGCUUUUUCUCAGGUAGAGGCGAGACAUAGGUCUCGAGGCGGCAUGAGGCGUAACCCUCAUUUGAGGGACAUUUGAGGGAAGUUUCUCUUCUUUAUUUUUGUAAAAGUAGUUGAUUAUUUUUGAUAUGUUGGAUUGACUAAGUUUCUGUAAUGAAAAUUUGUAAAAUUUCUCUACAAUGUUUAUGUGAGUGAAACAGUUCAUAUUCUUGGAUUGGUCUCUUCAGAAAUGGCAUCUUUAUCAUUCAGUAACUACCCUUUUGGAUUAGACUAUUAGCAUGAAUUGUUCCAUGUAAAAAUUUGUGGCUUGGAAUAAUGUGAUCAUCUUAGUUUCAAAAUGCUUGCAAAUUUAAGAAAUUUGACUGCAAUACACGAUAGGAGGUUGAAUGGCAUAGCAAAAGAAUUGAAUAAUAUUGAAAACGUGGCCAUGACACAAAUGAGAGGUUUGUUUUGAUACCUCUUGAUAUUAUAAAUCAAGCUUCUGUUCUUGUGGUUGCAUUGUAACUUCUCCUUUUGGCCUAGGAAUUGGAUGGGAAAUUAUUACUUACAGUGCUGUGGCACUACGAGGAAUAAGGAUUUGAAUUUAUUGUAUGUUAUGAUUUAGAAUAGCACUAUCUUGCUACAAAUGAUUUAUUAUGAAAAUUUGGACGUUUUUCUUUAUCAUAACAAUAAUAUUUAGAGACAUCAUGGGUGCAUUAGCAAAAAUUGAAGAUGUAGUAAGAAUUAUCUGGGUGCUUCAGUAGGUUCCGGUGCAAAAUAAUUCUGUCAAUACUUUUCUUUUCUACUUAUUUGUCCGGACUCAUAUUUGCAGUUUAAAGGUUAGUGAACUUGCUGUAAUGCAUGUUUAUGCCUAUUGACAACUUUUAUGAGCAGUGUCUGGACUCGUAUUUGCAGUUUAAAUAUAUGUUCUUGGCUAUGGAGUUUGCUUCCAACAAGUUCUUGCUUAAGACUCAUUUGUAGCUAAAAAUUGAGAGUUUUGAGCUUCAUUUAACUGUAUCAGAAGUUGGAUUUUAGACGCCAAAAUUAGCCAGAUAAACGAAGGAUUCAAGAAGGAAGAGAUAAGAAAAAGGUGCAGUAGAAGGAAAGGCUCACCUUAUCAGGUGGAUGAAAUGAUAGCUUUACAUGUGCAAAUGAGACAAACUCAUUUACACUUGAUAUUUUGUGCCUCAAGUUGCUUUAGUUUUGAAAAUUUGGUGAAUUUUGUACUUUGGACUCAUACUUGAUGAAAUUUAUGAGUCAAACAUGAGAAGUAAAAUUGUAUUGUAAGUACAACCUCCACUUGCUCUCCCUCUUUCAAGAUCUUUUUGUUAUUAUAACAUUUCCUGAACUGGAAAGCUCUUUUUAUUUUUAUUUUCAUGAUUCUCUGGCU